AAUUUUCGGACAAAAUUGUUGAGUGCCUUUUCUCUGAGAAGAUGAUGCAGUCGAAUGGAGCCAUUUUGAGUGCAUUAUUCAUUGUUCUUUCUCUAGCAGCUUAUACUUAUUGCCAGGAACCGUCCCAACCAAAUGUCGACCUACUUAGACAGUUAUUGGAAGGCAAAUUAGAACUCGUUCCAAAUGAAGAUCUGACCAAUGAUGAUGAGGAGACGGGGCUUGAAUCAGGAUAUAUUCCUCUACAGGUCCCCGAGAGUCAGGGCCCAUCUUAUGAAAAACGGGGUAUAUGUCCAUAUCGGGGUUGCGGGCGACGUAAACGGCCAUUCAGAUUUAGAACCAAAAAGCUUUUCUGUAAUUUUGGAGGUUGUUUUAAUGGUAGAAAGAGAAGUUUACCCCUAAAGACAAGGUUCCUUAUGCGAGGAAGGAAGUAACUCACUGAUUUGGUUUACGUUCAUUAUUCAUUGUGAAGCAUAUCAACUACUUGUUCAAUUUUUUUUGAAUACACAUUUCAAUCAUUGUUAUGUAGAAUUACCGACAUAAACAAUAUGCCAUCUUGUUUUUUUCAUCUUGAUACUAUUCACAUUGUAUAUGAUAUUUUGAAGAUAUAAACGCUGCUUCAGAUAAAUUGCUUUUGUCAUUUAUAUUUUUUUUUAUUCUAAUCAUGUAAAUAAAACAAUAGAAACAUUA